GUCAGUUGUUUGCAAUUCGCCGAUCAAAGGAAAGAAGAAGAAGAAUUGCAGGUGCUAAAAUCGUGUUGUACUAAGCAAGAGACAGAAAAAAUAUAACGCCAAUCAGCCAUUAUGCUUCCGUUGUCUCUGUUGAAAACUGCUCAGAAUCAUCCCAUGUUGGUAGAGCUUAAGAAUGGGGAAACCUACAACGGUCACCUGGUGAGCUGUGACAACUGGAUGAAUAUAAACCUGAGAGAAGUCAUCUGCACGUCCAGGGAUGGAGACAAGUUCUGGAGGAUGCCUGAGUGCUACAUCAGAGGCAGCACGAUCAAGUACCUCCGAAUCCCUGAUGAGAUCAUCGAUAUGGUGAAGGAGGAGGUGAUGUCAAAGGGGCGCGGGCGUGGAGGAUCCCAGCAGAAUAAACAGCAGGGCAAAGGAAGAGGAGGACCUGGCCGAGGUGUGUUUGGAGGCCGUGGCAGAGGGAUGUCUGGGCCUGGACGGGGUCAACAGCAGCCAUCUGAUAAGAAACCAGGAAAACCACAGGGAAUGAAGAACCAACACUGACAAACAGUCCUGCACUUAUGCCAACAUGCUGUUCACUGAGUGAUCCCUGCUUCAAACAGGAGGAUACAAUUAACCUUUUGCUGUUUGAUUUUGGUUUGAUGUUGUAGAAAAUGGGUCUGCAAGAAAUGCUGUGCACAGUUUUUUUUCUCUUCUUUUAAUUAUGAGUCAGCAAUUUUUAACACGGUGUUGGCAACCUUAUCUUUUUCCAUUUAUAUCAAAGUACAGAUCAAUCUGUUCCUAUCUUGUAACAACUUAGUUUUGGCUUUUUUUAUGAUAUUUUUUUCUCAGGUAGUUUUAAAAAAGUACAAAGCAGCCAGUCCCAAAAUCUGUUGUAUGAGUAUUUCCUCACAUUUUUUUAUGUCUUUAGUUGGAACAUUUUUCCUUUGCAAUUGAUAUGAUGACAGCAGUUAAAAUAGCAGAAUUUAAGCUGUAAGGGUUCAGCUAAAUACUUUUUUUUUUUUUUUUUUUAACA